CUUUAACCCCUCUAGAUGCCGACCAUCCCUCCCUCUUCCCUCGACGCCCACCCACCAGCUUUCCCGCCCUUUUCCUUUACCACACCACCCGCCCCCCCCUGUUCCCCGUACCCCUCCCCACCAUGCUCUCCAGGGCCUGGGGUGAAGGGGAUUGGAGGGUCCGGAGGGGUGACCCUGCGUUCUCCAGCCACUCGUCACCUCACCCACCUGGACCCCUGGAGGAGGCAUAGCUGGGAGCCCGGGGCUGUGGUGACAGUGCAGCAGCAGGGGAUGGAGCCCAGCGACAACCACAGUGUGAGUCUGGAGAACCUGGAUCCGGAGGAGAUGGAGAAGGUUCUGGGAGUGGCGCUGGGCGUCCGGCGAGUGGGCAGGAACCCCAUCACUCAGGAGGGCUCCUUGUCUUCCCUCACGGAGGAGGAGGCAGGGUCCGAUCUGCAGCACUACUCCGUAUUGGAGGAACAGUCCAACCAGCUGCAGGGCUGCAGUGCGUCAGCCCCAACCCUCAGUGUGGUUCGUCGCAGCAACCCUCCCAGCACGGGCCUCCGACCAGGCUCCAACUGCUACGAGACUUCACCCUACAGUCAAAUUGGAGGAUCCACACAGAGUGUGGAUAGGGACCUGGGUCUUCUGCUCUGGGGGAGAGAGGGAAACUGGACGGAGGUCACGAGAGACGAGGCCCAGGAGGAGGUGACAGGCGGCCCUUUUGUGCGCACCUUCAGUUUCCUACGCAAGAUGGCCGGCAACCUCAAGAAUAAGGAGAAGGAACGCAUGAGGGAGAGGGAGAAGGAGGCGCGGGACAGGGAGGCGCGCUACAGCAACGGGCAUCUCUUCACCUCCCUCACCGUGUCGGGGACCACCCUCUGUUCAGCAUGCAACAAGAGCAUCACUGCCAAGGAGGCCCUCAGCUGCCCCACCUGCAGUGUAACUAUCCACAACCGCUGUCGAGACACGUUGCCAAACUGUGCCAAAAUGAAACAGAGGCAACAGAAGAUGGCUCUCAUGAGGAACAACUCAGCUCUGCAGAGCGUGACCCUUCGUACCAAAACCCCCAUGAUGAGGGAACGCCCCAGCUCUGCCAUCUACCACUCUGACAAUCUCCGCCAAUCCUUGCUGGGCUCGCGCCGCGGACGCUCCGGCCUUUCCCUCUCCAAGAGUGUCUCCACCAAUAACAUUGCAGGGAACCUGAAUGAUGACUCUCCCUUGGGGCUGCGCAGGAUCCUGUCCCAGUCCACAGACUCGCUCAACUUCAGGAACAGAGCUAUGUCCAUGGAGUCGCUCAACGACGAGGGAGAAGUGUACUACGCCUCCAUGCUGGAGGAAAUGGAGAUUGAGGGGCGGGAUUUUGAGGCGGACUCAUGGAGCAUGGCGGUGGACUCGGGCUACCUGCAGACGCAUCGCAAAGACAUCAUCAAAAGGCAGGAUGUCAUCUAUGAGCUGAUCCAGACAGAGCUGCACCACGUGCGGACACUUCGCAUUAUGGAGCGGGUGUUCCGCCAGGGCAUGCUGGAGGAGGUGCAGCUGGAGCCGGGCGUGGUGCACGCCAUCUUCCCCUGCCUGGACCGCCUCACUGGCAUCCAUGUACGCUUCCUGGCACAGCUGCUCACACGGCGCAACCACAGCCUGCAGACUGGCAGCACCUACAACUUCACUAUCCACCAGCUGGGAGAUGUGCUGCUGGAACAGUUCUCGGGCCAGUGUGCUGACGAGAUGAGAAAGACCUACGCUGAGUUCUGCAGCCGCCACCUGAAGGCUGUCAAGCUGUACAAGGAGCUGCUGGCCAGAGACAAGAGGUUCCAGUACUUCAUAAGGCGGGUGUGUCGGGGUCACCUGUUGCGUCGCCAUGGCGUCCAGGAGUGCAUCCUGUUGGUCACUCAACGCAUCACCAAGUACCCUGUCCUCAUCCAGCGUAUCCUUGACAACACCAAGGACAAUGAAGAGGAGGCCUCCUGUCUGACCCAGUCUCUGACCCAGAUCAGGGAGCUACUUAGCUCAGUGGACCAGCAGGUGAUGGAGCUGGAGCGGACUCAUCGGCUGCAGGAGAUCCGGGCCAGGCUGGACCCACGGGUCGAGGCCAAGGUGAGGGACGGGGGCCUGUUCAGGGGAGGAGAGUUGCUCCGCAGGAGACUCAUCCAUGAGGGAACGCUGCUCUGGAAGACCCCUGGGUCCAGGCUCAAAGAUGUGCAGGUCCUGCUGAUGACAGACAUCCUAGUGUUCCUACAGGAAAAAGACCAGAGGUUCAUCUUCCCUUGUCUAGACAAGUCUCCGGUCCUCUCCCUGCAGAACCUCAUGAUUAGGGAGAUAGCCAAUCAGGAGCGAGGGCUCUUCCUCAUCAGUGACUCCUCUCCUCCGGAGAUGUACGAGGUCCAUGCUGCCUCAAAAGAUGACAAGAACACCUGGAUACGCAUCAUACAGCACACUGUCAGCAGUUGUCCUUCCAGGGAAGAGUUCCCACUCAUAGAGACUGAAGAUAAGGCCCUUCUGAGACGACUGAAAGCGGACAUCCAGCAGAAGGACCGGGAGGUGCUGGAGCUGCUCCAGGAGCGGGUCACAUUGUUCUCGGACCUGGCUGAGGUGACGGGGGGUCAGGAGGUCAUGCUGCCGGGGGGCCCCAACUCCCGGAACCUGUUCCGGGCCGACACGCCCCAUGCGCCACUCGGCGAGAGAUUGCUCACUGAUGCCAUCGCAGAGGUGGAUAGGCUGAGUGAGCUACUCCUGGGCUCCACCUUUGAAAUGCCUCUGCCCUGCAGUUUCAACGGUCACCCGAACCACACAGGGGCGCUAGUGAUCAACGGUCAGGAGGUGGUUGUCAAUGGAACGCACGGGUCCCCAGCAGCAAAGGACCGGAAUGUGAAUCAGACUGGAGAUAGGCCCUCAACUGAGGAAGCGUAUCAGAGGCUGGUCAACCUUAGUGCCUACCUUCAUGCCCUCCAGGGCACCGUGAUCAAGCAGGACUCCAUCCUGGAGCUCUGCCUGCGCUCUGAAGGCCCACCAGUCGAUACCCCGACCACGCCCACCGGACGGGUCUGGCACUCCCUGUCACGUGACGCGGGCAUGGCUGAGGCCAGCACGGGGGUGGCCAUCGGGGAGCUGGCCCUGCUCCAGAGGCAGCACAGCCUCCUGCAGGAGGAGCUCAGUAGGCUGCGGGGUACCGAGGGCCGCCUGAGGGAUAGCGAAAAGGCCCGCGCCCAGCUGGAGAGGCAGGUCCGCGACAUGAAGGCCCACAGUGCCACUAUGAUGGACAGUGUGGGAACUGCAGGCUCAGAGCAGGCUCCACCCCUUCGCAGAGCAAGUGAAACCAACGCAGACACCCAAUUGGCCAGCCAGGAGUCAAUCGAGCAUUUGGAAGGGCAUCAUGAUGGCAGUGACCUGGAGGUGGAGGUGACGUCAGAUGAGGAGGAGGAGGAGGCCAAAGCAUCACCGCGCUCAGAGAGUCCCCAUGAUCUUCAGGACAUUCCAGAGGAGAGUGAAGCCAAAGCAGAACUACCACGAGAGCCUGACGUGUCACACUGCUCCCCUACUCUCAAAAAUAGGCCGACGAGGACAACAGAACUGAACUUGAAAUAGUCUUCCUCUUUUUACACUUAAAAGGAAGUAUCAUAUUCAUUUUCAAAUAUAUAUAUAUAUAUAUAUAUUUGUUUCGUGGCUUUUGCUUUACAGUACACGACCAGUGGCAAUAUGUGACUACGCUAUUCUUUUAUGUUUCUCGAUUGGGAUUAUUUGGAUUUAUACGGCUCCCUUUGGGAAUCGAUGCUGAACUUAUUCAUGCCACCUAUUAAAGUGGCAUGAAUAACAGGAAGGGAGUUAUGCAAUGAUGAUUUUCCAAAGAAGAAUAUGCAGGAAAUGGACAGCAAAUAUAAAAGCAGUGAAUGGAUAACCAAAGCUGAUGGGGUUUUGUCUAAGUGAAUGGGACACUGCUUUAAUAAUGUUUGGGUAGCUGCUUCUUUGCAUUAGGAUGUUGGAUGUGGAUGUGUGUAUAUAUAGCAGGUUUGUGCUGAGACACAUGGAUAUGCACAAACACACACCACAGACACACCACAGACACACACGGUCAUACAUGCUCACACACACACACACAUUUGAGUCCUUUACAUUUCCAUAAUUAGGAUUAUCUAAUUCUCAACGCUGUUUAUGAUGCUAAUAAUUUGUUUAUUUAUUCUUCCUUCCUUAUUUAAGCAGGUAAGUUAAGACCUCUCAUGACACAGGCCAAACAUUAGAAUGACUGUAUAAGAAUGAGGUAGCACUGUAUUUCUCUCCCCUGAUUACCAUGUUUUUACUUAGAAACCACAUGGCAACAGCAUAAUGACAAUUAUUAUUACAAAAUGACUUACUUACUUACCCACUGGUUUGUGGUUCAUUUCCUGCAGGGAUCACAUACAUAUACUUGAAAUGCUCAAAGUAAUGUAACUCGCUUCGUGGCACAUACACUACCGUACAAAAGUUUGGGGUCACUUAGAAAUGUCCUUGUUUUUGAAAGAAAACCCUUUUUUUGUCGAUUUAAAAUAACAUCAA